GAAAAUAUGACGUUCCAACUUUCCUUCAGUACUUCCGUUUCCAGCCGCCGCAUUGUAGAUGUAUUUUUAAAAGUGAAUUAGUGUUUGUUUGAAGUAUUUAGCUUUACUGUUACUCAUAUGGUGUUUUUCUUAAAUACAGCGGAGAGAAAAUGAGCAACAUAUACCGGAAGCUCCAAGUGACCGUAACUCAACAGAGAUCCAUCUUGAAGCAGCUGUUAAGCAGAGCCACGCCUUCCAUCCAGCACCCUCUAUUGUGGGCUGCUUGUCUAAAUGAGAGACAGUACAAAGGCAUGCCGACACACGGGAUUGGACGGUGGAGGCAUCUGUUACCCAAACAGGCUCCCAAGAAAAAGAAAGACAGAAGCCAGCAGAGGCAGAUGGUUCCAGCGACCGAUACAUCAUACGGGACUCUAAACGUGCAGGUGUCUGGUUAUGACAUGACGGUGGUGGAGCAUUACUCUCAGUACAUCCAUAACCUCUGCAACCGGCUGGGAAUCCGUGUGGCUGAAAGUUAUGCUUUGCCAACCAAGAGCACAGAAGUGAUGCUAAUGCAGGAGCAAGGCAACAAGACGUACGUGGACGCUGUCCUGAAGACCCACCAACGAGUAGUCCAGUUUAGCAGUUUGGACGCCUACUUGUGUCCUGUCCUUGUGGACGUCCUUCUAAAGAACCAACCAGAGGGAGUUCAGCUUUCUGUGAAGGAGCACACUGAGGCAGAUUUCCAAGCACGCUUCAAGGCACGACCAGAGCUGGAGGGCCUCAUCGCUCAGAUCAACCAAUGACAUUUUACCAUAGCAACAACCACAGAAACCUCAAGCAACACUGUUUAAGUGGCGGCUCCUGCCAAAUGUAUCAGGGGGACAAAUAGUUGAGGUGAUAGCUAAAGUGACCCAUCUAAUGGGUAAAUUGACAGCUACGUAAACCCUGUUUACCAUCAGUGCUUUGUGAGUUUGGUCUUACAAUUAACAUUUCACACUUUUUGAUGUAAAGUCACGUCUUUUA